AUGUACCAGCAACACGGCAGUCUACCAGUACAUUCGACUGCAGCCCAGCUGUACACAAAAACCUGUGAAAUGGCAAUGUCGAAUCCAAAACGACACAAUGCUGCAGAUUCUAUAUUUACCGUGUCAUCGAAUGUCACCACGGGAAGUCUUUGCCCGUCGUUUGUUAGUCCCAAAAACACAGGACAAAGACGGCACAGCCUCUUUCCGAAGUUAUCCGUGGUGGGGUUGAUAAUGUCUACUCUCUGCAAUCCCGUGCUAGGUGGUGUGGCGGUUUUUGCAUAUUUGCGGGCUAGACAUGCGUAUAAGCGUGGUCGUCACGUGAGGGCCGUUAACUAUCUUAACUUUAGUUUCGUUAUUGGAAUAAUUGGGAUUUCCAUCAGCAUAAUGGCAGCCGUCGUAUUGUACAUCCAUUUCACCGACGAGGAUAAAGUUAUUGUCAAUAACAAAUUUGAAAAGUUUGAUAGUUCAACAAAGAUUCCGAAAUACGUUGGAUACCUGCAUGGUAAAAAUGCGAUCAAAAAGACAAGAGAACAGCAAAUGAAAGAAGAGAAAAAUUUAUAUAACACUACUUCUAAAGAACAGGUUCAAGUUGUUGAUGUCGUAUUUGGAGCAAACGAUACUUUUAUCAAGAGCCCUAAACCACCGAAGAAUGCCAAAAUGGACAUUGGCAGACUGUUGAACAGUACUAUGGGAAAAGGAAAGACCAAAACGAUCAGAACAGCCGGCCUAAACAGCGAAACCGUCCGUAAUAAACAUGAUGUUUUACCUGGAGUGCGAAAUGUCCGCGACACUAAAAUCACCAGGGCAAGAGGCAGCUCCACAAUACAAAGGAAACAGAGUCUGAACCCGUGUCAACAACUUCAGUUACUGCUCAAGGGUAAUGCGGUAAAGGUUCGAAUGAAGGUGAAACAUCCCGUGUUACAAUGGAAACCAGUUGUUAUUGAAAUAACGGAUCAUACUAAAUGUGUUGUCGUCGAAUGA